GUAUACGAAGUCUUGCUUCAGUGACUGAGCGCGUAGCUCAGGGAGUAGGAGCAAACCGUUUGUCAUUUAUCACAAUCCAGGCUAAUUUAGUGAUAAUAGCUACAUAAGGUCAAACUCGGCUGUGCAAUGAAUGGGAUGUAAUUCAAACAGUGUGCCCAGGGCAUAUGUACUUUUUCUGAUUGUGAUUCAAAUUGAAAACAAGAACCUUUCCUAGAUCAGUUUAUUAAAGUCAACAACGUUUCCUUUUAUUUCUUCAUCAUGUGAACCAAGUUUUGAAGAUUUCUGUCUAAUCCGAAUAGCAAACAUUCCAAUAACAGAAAAAUGAACGAAAAAGCCCAACAAAUUAUGGAAGUUUUUAUUGAGAGGAUAAUCAUGUCAUCGAUGUAGCAGAAAAAAGAAUACAAUAAUAAAAUUAAAGGAUUUUGCUUCGCCACAACCAAAAUGAACGAUUCUAUUAAUGACACAACAACAGUAAUGGAGGAUUUAUGUCCUCAUUCUGGCGUAAUUUCGUGGUACACUUGUGUCUUUGAGCUAUAUGCACCAACUGCUUUGUUUGUGGACAAAUAUAUCAGUCCUGUUCUUUAUUUCAUCGGGCUCUUUGGGAAUACGCUGACAAUCAAGAUUUGGAGCAGACGGAUCAGAAAGACUAAUACAUCGGCAUUGUAUCUGACAGUUCUGGCUUUAUCUGACCUUUUGUUGUUAUGUCUGCAUUCCGUCAUGGAACUUCAAUUUACAUGGGGCGUAAGUACCCUUAACAAACCUACAUGGUGUCCUGUCUUCUUCGUCUUCUAUAUGUUUGCUCAAUACAUGAGCCCGCUUCUUAUCAUGGGAUUCACUCUCGAACGGUUCAUUUCUAUUGCCAUUCCAUUCAAAGGUGAGCGGUUUUCUAGGAGAAACCGCGGUGCAUUAGAAAUCGUUGUGAUAAUUUUUGUUUCCAUCCUACUGGCAGUACCUCAGAUAUUUGGAUGGGCCGUACUGUCAGAUGGCGAAUGUCAGGGUACAGGAUCUGACUUUUUCGAAACCUGGAUUUGGGUUAGUGAUAUUCUAGUGUUUUGCGUGUUCCCAGUUGUCUCCUUGGUGUUGAAUAUCCUUGUGAUAAACGCGGUGUCUCGUUCAAUAAAACUUAGAAGGGACACUGCCCCGUCCUACGAAAUGAAUGGAUAUAGUAGCAAACUUUUAAAAACGAAGUCGAAAGACAACAAUCGAGCUCGUUUACGCAUUUCCACGGUAACACUGCUAUGUGUCUCAUUCUAUAGAAUUUUCACCGUUAUUCCAGUGGCUAUAAUAUUCGCUUUACAGUACAGAAUUCCGCCCGGAGAUCAGACUUUAUCCGUGAGAGAAAUAGGAUCAGACUCAACCUGGAGAUCCUUUUUUGACUAUUUCACAGCGAAAAAGAUAAUUGAUGAAAUCGGACUUUCGCAAUACUCCUGUAACGUUUUCCUCUAUUAUAUAACGGCAAAUUACUUCCGGAACGAAGUGUGCAGACUUUUUCAGUCAUUGACUGAGUGCAGAGUGAGAAAUUCCGAUGCUCGGGGACGCAGAAGUGGCACUGACAUUUCAACAAAGGGGACCGUGGUUAGUUUGCGGAAGUCAUUUUAUGAUUAGAGGCUGAAAUGUGAAUUCAAUCCUUUCGAUUAUUUGAAAGGAACUGGCCCUAGCUUAAUGAAGCAGUAACGUAUGAGUAUGUGAUAAAACAUUCCAAUUUAAAGUUAUUUAUUGACUUUCUUGCUUUUUUCUCCAAUAAAUCACCAUAUCAUUAUCAUGAAUGCAUGUUUUAUGCUUUUAACAGAACUGAAUCAGAUCUGUUUUUGUAUGUAACUUUACGUGUCGCUAAGAUUUCAAAUUGAUUUUGUUGCGCCAAGAAUUUGGAUUAAAUUCAAUUUUUA